ACCAAGGUGAAGUACCUGAAGCAGAUGUCAGUGAUACUCCAGAGAGAGUUUAGAGGGGACAUCCCUAACACAGUGGAGGGCCUGGUACGACUACCUGGAGUUGGACCCAAGAUGGCUCACCUGGCCAUGGACAUCGCCUGGCACCAGGUCUCUGGCAUAGGUGGGACCAAGAACCCAGAGGAGACACGCAAGGCCCUGGAAGACUGGUUACCAAGGGAUCUAUGGAGUGAGAUAAACUGGUUGCUGGUGGGGUUUGGUCAACAGGUGUGUCUACCUGUCAAUCCCCUCUGCUCCGUGUGUCUGAACCAGCACAGCUGCCCCUCCGCCCACCAAGCCUCCCCAGCCAAGAGGCCUAAAGCUGGGUCACCUCGCUCACCACACUCCCCCAAGACCUCCAGGGUCAAGCUGGAGCCUGGUUUGGGGUUAGCACCCCCCUCCUCCUCCUCAGCCACACCAGUCAAAGAGAAAUCUUUGGCUACCGCCCUCUCGCCUCCUCUGCUGCCCAGAAAAAGGAAGUCCAAAGCCAAAACCUACUCUACAUGAUACGACAGAAGGGGGUAGAAUCCCUAUAGAGAUAUAGGGACCAUGUCCCAAUUCUCUCUCCUUCCUCCCAAAGUGUGCACUUGUCACUUCCCUUGACUGCUUUGAAAUGAGCGGUACUAGAAAUAUGGUGGUAACUCCUACUAGUCCAGUGGUAUUAACUUCUUUAGCGGGGAGACCAAUUUUGGACCGCAUUUCUGUGGACCCCAUAUAUUUUGCUAGAAUUUCACAACCCCACCCCAAAAUAACCUUCAAAUCGUUACAUUUACAUUUUUACAUCAACUAAUAAACAAUUCAUAUUUUCAUAUCUUUAUCAAAACUGAACCAAUAAAUAAAUGUACUCAAUAAAAUGUUAUUUUUCAAAUGA